AUGAAAGCUGAAGAGGUUAGAAUAGGCAAGUCAAGUGUUGCGUCACGCAGCACACGCGCAGAGGACUGGAAGAUUUCUAUAUCCGCCGCCUCUAUCUCCGUAUACAGGAUUGCUUUGGAUGACCAACAUCAAGCCCUCCUGAUGCUUGGUUUAAUGUGGUGGAGCGUGUUUCUAAUGACAAUAACAAGACACUCAAGUGAGUGGCUGGAUUCACAUUCUCAGUUUCCAGCGUACUACAAAAAUGAAUACUGCACACCUCGUGUAACUGAGACUUUGAAGAGAUACUCUCGUGUGGAAGGAGGAACUACAACAUUGCAUAUUGAAUUGGAGGAUGUUGUGGUUGACUUUGUUGGAAAACCAGCUGCUAUGGUUACUGGCAUGGGAUAUAUCACUAACUCUGCUAUCCUUCAUGUAUUGGUUAGACAUGGAGGUGAUAAGUGA